AUGUUUUCAUUGGCAGACCAUGGCAUUUGCAUUGAACAAGAGAAGCUACCUCUUGAGGAUCAAAUAUCUCAGACAUGGUUUUGUGGGAAAUACUGUAAAGAGAUAUUCAUAGGGCUGCGUAGUCAUGUCGGGACGGAUAAUAUUCUUGACAGUGACCUUUCAUGGUCCAUACUGAGAUGCAACAAUGACGGGCAGAAGCUACAUUCUGUUCAGAAGAUUGCCUGUUUGGCAGAAUGUAAUAUGAAAUUAGCAGUGGCUCUUACUCUAUUGGAGGAAUGUAUCAUUCGUAUGGUGGAUCCUAGAACUGGUGUGGACAUGAUACCCCAUGUUUUAUACAACAAGGGAUCAAACUUUGCUCGUGUGGAUUAUCAGGGAUUCUAUACUGUAAUCCUGGAGAAAGGUGAUAAAAUUUUAUGUGUGGCUUCUAUCAGGUGAAUUGUUUUAA